CGGUCCUGAGUGCACGUGAGAAGCCCCGAGCUGCCAGGACCGUGUGGCACGCUCGGAGCGCGCAAAGUCGCGCAAAAGCAAGAGAUAAAYGCCGAGGGGCCCAGGGACCGGUUGGCUGGGGCACGGAGUCAGCACGGCCCCGGAGCGCCUUUCGUUUUAAGGAGCCUUACUUCUGGGAAGGGACAGGGAACUGUCAAUCAGCGAGGGAGGGAGCGCACCGGCGCUGGGUGAUGUCAGCGGAUCAGCUGCUCGAUAACAAAGAGGGGGUAUCACAGGAGAAAGUUGCAGCGGCGGCGGCCACCGCGGCACCCCGGAGCCUCGGAGGCCAGGGGCAAGUGGGCGAAGGGAGGGGGGACGGCUGCUGCGGCAGCAGCUGAAGGCCGAGGAAUUGAAAGGGCUGUAGGGGGAGGCAGUGCGAGCCAGCCCCGACUGCUCCUCCUCUUCCUCCUCCUCCUCCAAACUCGCAGGGCUCAGCCCCAGCGCUCGCUCAGCCGCCGGGAGCACCCRGAGGGACGGGAGGCAGCCGCGCGGCCCCGAGCUGGGCAGGGUCCCCGGCCGCCAUGGAUAGCGACGACGAGAUGGUGGAGGAGGCAGUGGAAGGACACCUGGAUGAUGAUGGAUUGCCACAUGGGUUCUGCACAGUCACCUACUCCUCCACCGACAGAUUCGAGGGCAACUUUGUUCAUGGAGAAAAGAACGGACGUGGGAAGUUCUUCUUCUUUGAUGGCAGCACCCUGGAGGGGUACUACGUGGACGACGCCCUGCAGGGCCAGGGCGUCUACACUUACGAGGACGGCGGCGUUCUCCAGGGCACCUACGUGGACGGAGAGCUGAACGGCCCAGCGCAGGAGUACGACACGGAUGGACGCCUGAUCUUCAAGGGGCAGUACAAAGACAACAUUCGCCAUGGAGUGUGCUGGAUCUACUACCCAGACGGAGGCAGCCUUGUAGGGGAUGUCAACGAAGAUGGAGAGAUGACUGGAGAGAAGAUAGCCUAUGUGUACCCUGACGAGAGGACCGCGCUUUAUGGGAAAUUCAUUGAUGGAGAGAUGAUCGAAGGAAAACUGGCCACGCUCAUGGCCACUGAAGAAGGGAAGCCUCACUUUGAACUGAUGUCUGGAAGCUCCGUGUACCACUUUGAUAAGUCGACUUCAUCUUGCAUUUCAACCAAUGCUCUCCUUCCAGAUCCGUAUGAAUCGGACAGGGUUUAUGUUGCUGAGUCUCUCAUUUCCAGUGCCGGAGAAGGACUAUUUUCCAAGGUAGCAGUGGGACCGAAUACUGUUAUGUCUUUUUAUAAUGGAGUCCGAAUCACACACCAAGAGGUCGACAGCAGGGACUGGGCCCUUAAUGGAAACACCCUGUCCCUCGACGAGGACACAGUCAUUGAUGUGCCUGAACCCUACAACCACGUAUCCAAGUACUGUGCCUCCUUGGGACACAAGGCGAACCACUCCUUCACUCCAAACUGCAUCUACGAUAUGUUUGUCCACCCCCGCUUCGGGCCCAUCAAAUGCAUCCGCACCCUGCGAGCAGUGGAGGCCGAUGAGGAGCUCACGGUUGCCUACGGCUAUGACCACAGCCCUCCUGGAAAGAGCGGGCCUGAAGCCCCCGAGUGGUACCAGGUGGAGCUGAAGGCCUUCCAGGCCACCCAGCAAAAGUGAAAGGCCUGGCUCCGGAGUCCAGAGACCUGGAAUAGAAACUUGGAUCUAUGCACUACGUUUAUCCAACAAUGGGACAACCAGGGACUGCUCAUGCUGUGACAUCACAUCCUCUCACCCUGCGUUAGCAACGACUUUCUCGCAUACUAACUAGGUUUGACUGUAUUACUCAUACCAGAUUUAAAAUUAGCUAGCCUUGCAACAACGUCUUACUGAGAGGUCUUGCCGAGCGCUGACACAGACAGCACCAUGUACUUUGGUGGUUCAAGUCUAAACCUGUACCACGUUCAGAGAUGCCAAAUGAUUAGACUGAAAAAGGGAAAGGGGUUUUUUUUCAGUCAUUUUUUUCUGUCGGGGGUUUUCCAUGACGUUUUUCCUACGGCCAAAGCAGACUGUCGUUGCACUUGCCUUUGUGCCGUGCUGGAGUAGAGAACGACGACAUCUUUAUUCUCUCAAUGUAGGAUAAUUUGCCUUUUAACCUUUGAUCUGUAUCUUGCAAUAGAAUGGCUUUGUUUCUUUUCCUAGUGAACAGAAGCCCACUUGAGUUACUCCUCAUUCCCUAUCGUAGAUGCCCUUCACAGGAGAAACUUCCACAUGGAUUCUGCAUCCGUGGCAAUGUGUACGUCUCUCUGGUUCUUUCUAUAUCAUUAUUUCAUUAUUAUGUCCUAAUAUAAGUACUGGCUCCUAAGGCCAGGAUAUUACUAUAGAAUUAUUAUUCUCGCAUGUAAACAAAGAUAUCUUUGCUUUCAGAUGUGAGAAGAAAUGAAUUUGCUUUGUUUGCAUUAAGUUAUGGAAGAGUUGUAAUAUAUACCUUCAGAAAGAAGAGAGGAAAAUUAGUUAUUUCCAAGCAGUAACUGUGGCAAUUUUGCAAUAUCUUCAAUAGUGCUAGUGACUCUUUUUUCUCCCUGGGUGCACAUUACAUGUACAUAACCUAGCACAGCCUAGCUUGGGGUGCCCAGUGCAUUGAAUUCAGAAGUCAAACAGAAAACUUGAGUUCUAACGCAGAAUUCAAAAAUUUAUUUUAAAUCAGUACUAUGAAAGCAGACAUACUGAUCACUAGGUACAAAUCAAACCUUAAUGCUAAAACUCUUCCUCGUUGUAAUUUCAAAGCACUUACCUGUAAGCUAAGAGUUCACACCUGCAUACUUUAAAAGCAUUAUUGAUAGCAUUUCAGCCAUUUCACAAGCCAUGUAUAAUCACCACUACAGAAAUAAGGAAAAAAAAACAAACCUGUUUUUUAGUUUAGCAUAUUAGA